UUUGAAUUCGAUAAUCAAAACAGUCGUGAAUAGUGAAAAAUAGGUUGCUACGAUUUGACAAUCAGGAAAUUAUACAAAUUUCGUGUUGCAUUAGAUAACACUAAGUAAUAAAAACUCUGCACCAGCUACAUUAUGCCAACUGCCGUGCUCGGUGCCGGUAUUAGUGGGUUAUCAGCGGGCUUUUACUUGUUGCGACGUUUUUGCAAACCUUUGACCAUUUACGAAGCAUCUCCACGGGUCGGCGGCUGGAUACGUACCGAAUGGCACAAGGACCGCGGUUUCUUGUUUGAAAGUGGGCCACGCACAAUACGCCCAAAAGGCUUAGCGGGUGCCAACACUUUGCAGCUGAUCGAAGAGCUCAAGUUGCCCAUUAAGCCUAUUCCCAGAUCACAUGUGGCUGCAAAAAAUCGCAUGCUCUAUGCCAAGGGACAAGUCUGCAUGCUGCCAAACAGUGCUAAGGGCUUAUUUAGAACCGUGCCACCUUUUACGAAACCUCUGUACAGAGCUCUGUUACAUGACCUAGUCACAGGCAGCACUCCAAUCAAAAAUGAAGACGAAUCCAUUUACAACUUCGCCCAAAGAAGAUUCGGCAAAGAGAUUGCCGACUAUGGCAUUAGUCCGAUGAUCUGUGGCAUUUGUGCUGGAGACGCUCGCGAAAUCAGUGUGCGGUUUCUCAUGGAGUCUCUUUUCGAGAAUGAGCAGAAGUACGGCGGUGUGCUAAAGGGCGCGCUCUACGCUCGCUUCAAUAAGAAAGUGGACGAUAGCAAUGGGGGUAUUUUUGCCAAGGGUGAGCCCGAGCUUUACAAGCAGGCAGUCAAAGAAAAAUGGGCCAUGUAUGGCGUCGCUGACGGUCUGGAACAGCUGCCUCGCGCCAUGCGCAAAUAUCUUGGCGAACACGAUGUGAACGUCCAGCUGAGCAGCAAAUGCUCAAAUCUCACCUUUAGCGGCGACGGCGCACGGAUAAGUCUACGGGAUGCAGAGGUGCCGGUGAGACAUGUGGUGAGCGCUCUGCCGGCGCACCAAUUGGCACCGCUGGUAAAAGCGCAGCAUCCAUCCCUAUCCGCCCAACUGCUGGAUAUACCCUACGUGGAUGUGGUGGUGGUCAACAUGCAAUACAGCAGCAACAAUCUGUUGAAACAUAAUGGGUUUGGCCUGCUGGUGCCGCCCGUCGAAAAGCUACCCGUGCUUGGGGUGAUCUUCGAUAGCUGCUGCUUUGACAUGGCUGGCAACACGAUACUGACCGUUAUGAUGGGUGGUCGCUGGUUCGAUCAGUGGUUCGGCAACCAGCCCAGCCAGAAAAAGCUGCGCGACAUUGCACAACAGCACGUGCAAAAGAUUCUGCAGAUCAAAGAGGAUCCCAUAUUCAGUCGCGUGCACAUGCUUCACAAAUGUAUUCCACAGUACACUGUCGGGCAUAAGCGGCGCGUGGAAGGCAUAAGAAAGUACAUUAAAGACUACAAACUGCCUUUGUCGUUAUGUGGCGCAGCCUACGAUGGCGUUGGCAUCAAUGAUGUCAUAUUGUCUGCUCGCAGGCAGGUGGAGCAGCUGUCAUUGGCGACGAAAUAUUGAAGUGCAAUCUGACCAUCUAAAAUUCGUAUAUUUCCAAUCAUUAAUUAUCUUUUAUAUAUUUUCCUUUUUAACUGUGGUGUGACUGAUUUUUGUACAUAAAACUCCCCUCAAAUUUGCCGUUAAA